AUGGCACAGCGCGCCCCGGGCCCAUGCCGCACAAUGCUGCGGUUUGCAUGGCUUCUACUUGUGAGAGCAAGUAAUGCAAAGGAAUGGAAUGAAUUGAAUGACUGGAUCGCAUGGACGGGACCGGACCCCCAGGGCUCUGCAGGAAGCGCCGGAUGGCAAGCAGUCCCGGGAGGGGAUCUCUUUGAUGUUCUGGAUUGGGAGGUGGCGGGCGCGGCGAGCGCCUACCGCUACUUCUAUCCGGGCGCCACGCACUACACGCUGGGAGAACCAGGCGCCGGAAAGCUGGUUGUGAACGUUUGGCAGCCCUUCUCGGAGAACAAGGCCGACUGUGCUGUGGGGGCGAACUUGCGCGCUGCACUCUUCGGCCUUUACCGAAGCCACCUUGACCGGAUCGUGGUCAACGUUUCGAACGUUGGCUGGUCGGGCAUCGUGACGGACCCUCUUUGCGAAGACGGGGCCGUUUGUCCCAUUGCGCUGUUGAUCGGCACGAGCCAAGUUCCGCAGCGGGUUGCAGCUGACCGAGUUCUUGCUCUUGACGGGUACUUUGCCACCUACCUGGUGCAACACCUGCAGCGCCUGCCGGAUGAGUUUCAAAGCCUCAUGUACUAUGACUAUCAGCUAUUAGGCUCUCGAUUCAUGGGUGUUCCUUUCGCAACUGACGUGCGACUGUUGGGCUUCAACGUUACGACGUUCCUUGCCCUGGGACUGGAGCUUCCGCCGCCGUAUGGGCGAUCGGACUGGACCUGGGAGAACCUGCGCGACACGGCGUGUGCCAUCACAGAGAAACACGGCGUUGCAGGUCUUGUGGCCAACUCAGAUUGGGACGAAGACGGGAAGCUAUUCAUGCUGAUGGUCCAGGCGGCUCACGGCGCGCUCUUCCGCACGGAGCUGGGAAGCCAGGGCUUGUCGCGGCAGUGCAACCUGGGGAUGGGAAACAAGGCCCUGGAGACUUUCUGGAAGCCCAUGAUCUCCCGCGGCUGCUUGAAGGCCUCCGGGAAUCGGAACUACUGGGGUAUCGACAACGGGACUCUUGAGACUGCUGAGCUGAGAAAGGUGUUGGAGGAUGCUGUGAACCCACGCCAUCCGCCCGAUGUCUCUGGCUUCUCGAACUACAAGUAUGUGCCAGAGUCUGGGACCUUUGGCCUUUUCAUCACACCUGGGCUUGACGACGAGCUCUCCUUCGGAAGGUGCCGGCCGCAUGCCGCCUUUCCGAUGGCCGUGAAGCCACGCAGGGCACGGAACUGCACGGUGCUCGAGACGAUCGAGACAGAGACCAAGGAGGCGGACGCGGAUGUGGCGGAUGCGGAUGUGGCGGAUGCGGCGGAUGCGGACGGGGUCUCCGAGGUUGGCCUCGCCGCGUGCCGGCAGCGGGCCCUCCGGUCGGGUGCGAACACCGUGGCCGUGGACGCCGGGCGCUGCGAGCUGCUGCGCUGCAACCCCGCGGCCGCCGUGGCCUUAGCCGCCUUACACGAGCACGAGAGGGAGGUCUUCUCCAAGCACUGCAGCGAGAUUCGCUAUGCAACCAUGCCGGAGAACCUCACGUACCAGGGGGGAAGCGGCUUGGUGAUCCCAAAGCCGCGGGGCACCCGGGAGUGCUCCAAUGUCUCCAGCGACUGGCUCCAGAAGGGUGAGGAUCCCCCGGCAUGUUGGGAGCACUCCGAGGGGUGGCGCCUGAUCUCGGAGCUCAUCGACCCCAAGAAGCCCUACAUGCGCCAGGCCAACACCCAGAAGCACAUCAGGACCCUGCCGCCCUUGAAGGACCUAUCUGCCUUCGACACGCACUUCUGGGAGCCGGUGGCGACGGCUCUGUCACAGGGGAUUCCGAGCCAAUAUCCCAACUCCCCGAUCCCUCAGUACGCCGAAAUCGAGUACUUGAAGCCGAUCCGGAUGGCCCUGCUGCGCAGCAUCUACGGCAACAUCACGGCCGAGGAAUCCCUCCAGGAGGCAUGCGACGUUGUGGACGAGAUCCUCCGUCCCUGCAACCAGUCACGGUGGGAGUUGGACCCGCGAUGCAGGAACCCCCAAGACGGCCUACAGGGCUGUCCGCCCGGCACCUUCUACAAGAACCCCCAAGAUGCGUCGCAGGAUUUCGGCCUGGGCUGCACUGAGUGUCCUCCUGGGCGCUACGCGGACGAGCGCUCCGUGGAUCUGGAGUGCAAGCCCUGUGCUGCUGGUCUCUUCUCGAACGUCACUGGGAGCAAGUCUUGCCAGCAGUGCGCUGCGGGUUUGGUGGCGCAGCAAACAGGACUCUCUGAAUGCGCAGAAUGCCAAAUGGGACGAGCACCUCGACACACGUCCUACUGCGAUCCCUGCCCUGUCGCUACAUAUCAAGAUGGCCCAUUCUGCGUGUCCUGUCCGAGCGGGUUCACCUCCACGGAGGAAAGCACCAGCUUCAAAUCAUGCACCCGCAAGCCAUCGGUCGUCUUCUACAACGUCCUCUUGGUCUUCGUCAUCGUUUCUAUUGCCCUGCUCUUUCCCCUUUUGCUAGGACGUCCGAUUCCGAUAGAUGACAUUCACAUGGAAGAUGGCUACGUGGUGGUGAAGACCUGGGGGAGCCACCGCAUGCUCAAAUGGUCGCCGCUUCCCCUCAGAGUCCGGUUGCAAAACACGCAACACCCCAAGGUCAAAGAGAAGCAGACGUUUCUAGCGCGGGUCCGGGAACCUGAUGAGAUCUGGUUGCUGGACUGCAAAGGAGAGCACAUCACCGAGAACAUCAACUGCUCUCGUGGCAGCUUGCGCCUACUUCCAAGGAGCGCCUUCUUCGGAUCGUCGAUCGGGAGGCUUCCCGUGAGCCUUGUGGCCACCGGGCUCUGUGCCUGCCUUGCCGUGCUCUGCUGGCUCCUUGCCGAGAAUGCCGAGGCGGAGGUGCAGGUGAUGCCCUACCUGCUGGUUGGCCUCUGCGUGAUUGUCAGCUUGGCCUUGUUCGCCUUCUGGUACUGGUGGCGCCAGAGCUUCGUAACACCGCUGGCCCGCAAGCGAGCACACUGGCGCCAGAAAUUGCUUCGACGCCACAGCGCGGGGACCUGCGAACGCGGGCCCGGUAGGGCCAUUUCCGUCGGGAAGCUCUUCGAGUUCCACGUCUAUUUCCAAGAUGCCAUAUGCAAGCGCGAUAUGAAUUACGUUGUGUCCAACUUGCUGCUGCCCCUUACGAAGCCGGAAAAGCUGUCCUACGCAGAGCUGGCGGGACCCAGUCAAGUUCAGUGGUUUGUGUCGCACUGCUGGAGCAACUCCUUCGCAGACCUGGUGGAAAGCCUCUGCCGGCUUGCCACAAGCUUGGCCGAGCCCGGCAGCGCGUAUUCAGCAUGGCACGAGGUCUCUUUUUGGAUAUGCUCCUUUAGCAACAACCAGUGGCAAUUGGACGAUGAGCUGGGGCGAGGAGACCCCAUGCUCUCCUCUUUCAACCAGGCGCUGCGGAGCCCCACCUGCAGAGGCACGGCCAUGGUGCUGGAUGAGAACGCGGAGCCGCUGAGGCGAUCCUGGUGUCUCUUUGAGGUUUUCCAAACAUGCAAGCUCACCGCGGAGCGGAGUGACUUUGAGGGGCUCCUGAUGUGCACUCCGUCAGGUGUUUUGCAAAAGGGAGAUGCCAGCGUGGACAUGGUUGUGGUGCUGGCACGCACCCUGUCCACGAUCCGCAUGGAGGAUGCUACCGCUACAAAGGUUGAGGACAAGAUCAUGAUCGACUCUUGUGUGCAAUCCCUUCCGGGUGGCUUUGCAUCCGUGAACCGCUUUGUGCACCACUGCAUCAAGGCCGCCUUGGACGAGGCCCAUGGCUCCUUCGAAGGACACUUCGCAGCCUUGGUGAGUGCUCUGGAGGGGAAUCUCAUGCCAGCUCCUUCGCUGUUGGGCCGGCGCUCCGCGUCUCUUCUUCGAGCGGCCAGCAUGGCAAAGCCUACUCUAUGA